AUGGCUUGCAGAUCGUUCAAUUUUGCCAUUGUGUGUCUGGUGCUCGCUACGAUCCAGUCACCGGCGACGGCUCUGAUCUCUUCCCCAGAGGUCAAUUCUCCAUACGCGAAAGCCAUUCUUGUAAGUAAAAACCAAUGUGCACUUGCGAUCAAUUCUUUCUGUUUCAUCAAUUCCUACUUGGUUACGCGGUAG